GGGUGAAAUGCUAACUACAACAAACGUCAGCUUCGUUGUCAACUUCGCUUUUCACAGUAGCUAGCACCCUAUUUGAGCUUUGAUAAAUGUUUAGCACAUAGAGAACAGCACAGACGCAUUAUUAUUCUUACCAAAUCAAAAGCAAGAUGUCGGGGGAAAGUCAGCGCGACGAAUCUAUAGUUAUACGAAGUCUCAGACAGUUCCGAGAGAAGUACUUCAAUGCAAGGAAAAACGUCAAUGAUCAGGCGCAUGCAGCAGAAGUCACCAGUGAAGAGACACCGCCGGGCUUUUUGGACUGUUUACCCGUGGACCUACAGUUCCUGAUCAUGACCCUACUGUCUCCUGUGGACCUCUGUCGUCUGGGGGCCACUAGUAGCUACUGGGGGGCUAUGGUCAGAGAUCCCUUACUAUGGAGAUACUUUCUGGUCAGGGACAUGCCUAAAUGGCCCUCCAUCAACCAUGUGACCAUGCCCCGGUUAGAGGCCUUACACACUCCUCUGUGUGUGGGGGAGAUGGAGGAGCCAGGUCAUGACUUCAUGACAGAUUAUCUAAAGGGCUACCCAGCCUGCAGACAGCAAUGGUUUCCCCAGAGGCCGCCAUACAGCGUUGUGACCUCCUUCCUCCAGUCGCUGGUGCCCACCACCACUGAGCCGCGCUACGCCAUGUUUGGCCCCGGCAUGGAACAGCUGGAUGUCUCCAUGGUGACCACGCUCAUGAACACCCCAGACGUGCUCCCUGUAGCAGGGAUACCCCAGAGACAGAUCAACGGUAUUGGAUCUGGGAUUAGUUACGUGUACAAAAACCAGCACAAAUUCAACAUUCUGACUCUCUACUCAACCAACAGGGCCGAGAGGGAGAGAGCCCGCACGGAACAGCAGAGUGUCAGCAACAAACUCUUCAUCCAGGAGGGAACGGACCAAUCAGGACACCCACAUUUUAGCCCCACCCCUCAGGUCCAGGAAGUGUGUCAGGCGGUGGAUGGGUUCAUCUAUGUGGCCAACGCAGAGCCAGGAAGAGGUGAUGAGAGGGAGGUGGAGUGGGCUCAGAUCCAGGCGUUGGUGGACCCUGCCUUAGGCUCAUCCUCCAGACCCCUCCUGGUCCUGUCCUGUGUGUCCAGAGAGGAACCAGACCAGAUCAGAACCACCAGCUCCAAUAGUACUAGAACCCCCUGUGUGGAUAUGGCUCAGAGACUCUGCUUGCCCAUGCUGCCCAACCCCUGGAUGGUUCAGGACACAGUAGCAGAGUCUCUGUCUGGUGUCUUAGAUGGGAUCUCCUGGCUGCUGGGGUGUUCUGGUCUCAGGCUGUAACUAUCUGUCCAAGGCAAAACCUUCAGGACAGAAACAACACACUAAAUAACCGGCACAAAUGCUUCUGAAGGAAUGUUUUCCCUCUGAUGUGCUUUGUAUCAAUGAAUCACAUUAAAAAAAGUUAUUAUUGUGGAAAAACAGUAUUUUUUUUGCCAAUAGUGGGUUGUACACAUAUAAAACACAGGUUUUAACUCUAGCUAUGGUACUGUAAUUAAUAUUACGAAGAUGAAUGAAUAAUUUUGAUAUUACUACUACUGUGUACUUUAGAAUAAUAUUGAUGUGGCAAUAAAUUCUAUUUUUUGAUACCUUUUAUUUAGGGAAAUCAUGCAAUUAUUCGUCUAUUUCUUUCAUAUAAUUUAUGCAAUUCUAUACUCUGAAAUGUGCAUUGUUUUCUUUUCUUUAAUUGUUCAUAUUCAUAUUGUUAUUUACCCCUCUAUAAGUUGUUAUAAAGGAACUGAAAAUACAUGCAUGUGUAUGUACCUCA